GUGUAAACGCGGUGUUAGGUCGUAAAAUGUCGUAGGUAGACAAGGCUUAGAUGUCUGAAAAUAUUGAAAGGCUAGGAUCGAGUUACAGCGUGUCUAUGGUGACAACAUCUCAAGAUGGAGUUAGCCGCACCCCACAGCUUGUUCCGUGUUAUGGUCAUCUUCUCGCUGGGUCAGCUGGUCAACUCCCAGGACUGCGGUGCCGUGUUUCCACGGUGCCAGUGUUAUGAAGGUCCGGUAUUUGACUGCUCUAGCAGAGGACUGACCGCCCUGCCCAAUCUGACCAUGCCCUUCACGACCUUGAUACAGGAGAUGAGACUCAACAACAACAGCUUCACCACGUUGGGAUCCGAUGCUUUCCAUGGACUCAGGAUCAAAGGGAUAGAUUUAAGAGGAAACCCUAUAGGCAGUGUCCAUUCUAGUGCGUUUCAAGGGUUGGUUGUAGACUUGAAAAUAUUGUAUUUGGAUGGAGACAAAACAUCAGUAGUACCAAUAGAUACCCUAAAGGCGCUAGUCAACUUGGAGGAACUUGUACUGAGGAACUAUGGGAUAUUACAUUUAUUAAACACAGAUAAUUACUUUAGGGGUCAUCCAUAAAUGACGUCACGCUUUUUUUGACGAUUUUUACCUUCCCCCUCCCCUCCGUCACACGUCGUCUCAAAAAGUCAGACCCACCCCCCUAAAAUGACGUC